UUCCCACUCUCUCUUCUCAUCUAUCCCACCACCACCCCCACACUCACACUCACAAUGGCCGACCCCGCUUCCAAAAAGGUCAUCCUCACCACCUCCGACGACGAGCAGUUCACUGUCGAGAAGAUCGUCGCCGAGCGAUCCGCCAUGAUCAAGUCCAUGAUGGAGGACCUUGGAGACCAGGAGGGCAUGCCCAUCCCUCUUCCCAACGUUUCUUCUUCUGUGCUCACCAAGGUCCUCGAGUACUGUGACCACCACAAGAACGACCCUCUUCCCGCUGCCGACGCCAACGACGCCGACGACUCUAGGAGAAAGACCAGCGAGAUUGGCGAGUGGGAUGCCCGAUGGAUCCAAGUUGACCAGGAGAUGCUCUUUGAGAUUAUCCUUGCCGCCAACUACCUCGACAUCAAGCCUCUUCUUGACGUUGGUUGCAAGACUGUUGCCAACAUGAUCAAGGGCAAGACCCCCGAGGAGAUUCGAAAGUUGUUCAACAUUACCAACGACUUUACUCCCGAGGAGGAGGAGCAAAUCCGAAAGGAGAACGAGUGGGCUGAGGACCGUUAAUCCCCCAAAAUAUUGUAUAUUGUAAUCCGGUGUAUCUAUGAAUCCACACUCUUCCCGCAACUCUCCCUUCUUCUUUGACUUUUCUUUCUUUCUGAGUCGUAGAUCAUGAAAUGAGCAUGGCUGCGUUUUGCCGAUGCUAGGGGGGGUUUAUAGGUGUAAAUCAAAUCGUAUGAAAAGGGUCGUGCGAGGCCGUAUGCACUUUGGAUUUGGCUGGUCGAACCACCUGUGCCAAGACGAUUGUUUGAGAGACAUCUGCGCAACCAUUGACCUUGACAGGUCUUCUUACCAUGCCGGAGGUGGACAUUACAUGCACA